AUUUAAGUAUGAGGAUUUUCAGGGCAGCUGCGUGUAUGUCUCCGGCGCCAAAAUUCCUAAAACCCUAAAUGCCGCUGAUAACUUAACGAUGAAAUCACUGAUCUUUCCAACAAGAACAGCCGCGAUCUUAAUUCCAAAUCUUGUUUUUAAUCCGUCUAACUCGCUUUCUUCCAUUUCUAAUUUCUUACCUGUUAGAAACCCUAAUUAUCUCCCUCAACUACGUCGUCUUAGAUUAUCCUCAGCUUAUUCUUCGCCAAUCACCGAAGAAAACGGCCAUUGCCACCAAACUGAGGGUGAAAUUCACGUAAUUGUGGGCCCUAUGUUCGCUGGAAAAACCACCACUUUGCUUCGCCGGAUUAAAUCUGAAAGCUCUAAUGGCAGAAAUGCAGCUGUUAUAAAGUCUAGUAAGGAUACAAGAUAUGGAUUGGAUUCAAUUGUGACACAUGAUGGGGAGAAGCUUUCAUGUUGGCCACUUGAAGCUUUAUCAUCAUUCAAAGAAAGAAUUGGUCUUGAAGCUUAUCAUAAGCUAGAGGUGAUUGGAAUUGAUGAAGCUCAGUUUUUUGAAGACUUGUAUGAUUUCUGCAUUAAAGCUGCUGACCAUGAUGGCAAAACUGUAAUUGUUGCUGGCUUGGAUGGUGAUUAUUUGCGGAGGAGCUUUGGGGUGCUAGAUAUAAUACCGAUUGCAGAUACUGUAACGAAAUUAAAGGCACGAUGUGAGAAACCAUUAUUUGACUGGUCAAAAGGUCAAACAGUCUGCAAGAAAUGUUCUGGAAACACAUAA